ACAAAUGAAUUGGUCUUACCUUCCGACGCUGGAGGUGCUUCGAUGGAGACGCCUUUGACAGCGUCCCAGCAGCAACAGCGACGAUGGGGAGAGGCGGUGCACGGAGAAGGAUUAGGGCACGGGGAGAGGAGACGGGCGGCGGCUUCGAAUCGUUUGCAAUUGGGGGUAGAUCGAGUGGAGCGGUUCGCAUCGGCAACAAAUGAGCCGAUGGAAAUGUAUAAAAGGAGGCGUUGAUCGGCUGAUGCAUAAAAUGAACAAAAUAAGGAGUUAUUAGAAAAUUGCAGCUUUUUUAUGUUGCGAGAGAAAACUCUUAUUAAAUGGACUCUGCACGUGCACCGCAGGUGAAGAGAUACGCGUGGUGUGAUAGAUCGAGCGGAGCGCACCAUCGACACCGCACCGCGUCGUCAUCCUCGUCGCUAUGUAAUACCUCGCCGUCGUUUCGUUCCGUGGCGAGAUCUUUGGGUAGUCCUCCAUCGCCUUCGCAUCGCGUCUCUUGCCCCCCUCCCCUCCCCUCCUCGCUGUUGUCGGACGCGAGGCGGUGAUAGUUUCGCGAACGAAGACCACCCGUGGGGAGUUUUUUACUCGAGAAUCGCGUUUGAGGGUUCAGGAUGGCUACCUCGGGCAAGCGGAAGAGGAGCUGCAGCAGUGGGAUUCUCAACCUAUGCCAGCGCGAGGUUGGGUUCCUCUCGCCGAGAACUUUCGCCCAUCGCGCUGGGGCUUCCGAGGAUCUUGUUUUGCGUUUGGGAAUUGACAGAAAGCUAAACAAGCAUGAAGGUUGCGUGAAUACUGUGAGCUUAAACGCAGAUGGGAACAUUCUUGUAUCAGGAUCAGAUGAUAGAACAGUAAUACUAUGGGAUUGGGCUGUUGGAACUGUUAGGAUUUCAUUCAACUCUGGCCACAAAAACAAUGUUUUCCAAGCACGCUUCAUGCCUUACUCUAGCGACCGGACUAUUGUUACAUCUGCUGCUGAUGGAGAGGUGAGACUUGCCCAGUUACGUGAAGGUGGACAAGUAGCUGUAAAAUUGCUAGCUGAACAUGAUGGUGCGGUCCAUAAGGUGGCUAUCGAGCCUGGAAGUCCUCAUGUUUUUUUUAGCUGCGGUGAAGAUGGCCUGGUUCGGCACUUCGACCUGAGAUCCAAAAGUUCAACAAAGCUCUUCAUAUGCAGAUCUUUUACAAGCAGCAUAGCUUAUAUGUCACUUGUUAAUCUAAAUGCUAUUGCGAUAGAUCCAAGAAAUCCCAACUUUUUUGCAGUUGCUGGAGCUGAUGACUAUGCUCGUGUUUAUGACAUUCGCAAGUAUAAAUGGGAUGGGUCAACAAAUUACGGUUAUCCAUAUGAUUGCUUCUGUCCUCCACAUCUGAUUGAUCAUACAGAAGGCAUAACAGGCUUGGCAUACUCAGACACCAGUGAGCUGCUAGCAUCUUAUAUCAACGAGUUCAUCUAUCUGUUUCCGAAGGAUCAAGGUCUGGGCUCAAAUCCUGUUGCUGCAUUCUUAGAGUUGGAUAGUGAUUCAGAUGAUAAGUCUGAUGUAGAUGCAACAUCUCUAUCUCCUAUUGAUACAAAUGUGAGGCCUGGACUUAGGGUCUACAAAGGGCACCGCAACAGAAACACAGUAAAGGGUGUCAGCUUCUUUGGGCCUAAUUGUGAGUAUGUGGUUAGUGGGUCUGAUUGUGGACGCAUAUUUAUUUGGAGGAAGAAAGAUGGGGAACUCUUGCGUGCGAUGGAAGGAGACAAAUAUGUGGUGAAUUGUAUUGAAUCUCACCCUUAUACCACCAUGAUUGCAAGUAGUGGAAUGGAAAAUGACAUAAAAAUCUGGGUUCCUAACACAAAGGAACCUGCCCAAACCAUAAAUCUGGAUGAGUUUCUGAUGACAAAUCGGUUGGAUUCUGAAUUCGACUAUGAUGAUGAAUAUGACUGUGAUAAUGACGACGACGAUGAUGACAAUGAUGAUGAUCAUGACAGUGAUGAUGAUGAUGAUGAUGUCAGCUUUGGUGAUGGCGAUGAUGACAUUGAUAUCGACGAUAAUGACAUGGACUACUAUACCCAUUUCAACAAUUGGCCAUGAAAACAACAGGAGUUGGGACGAAGUCAAUUACCUAGUGGAUGCAAAAAUCUUGUUCCCCAAAUUAACUGCUGGAACAAAGCCAACUCUUUUCAAGAUCAUGAGCCUCGAUUUGAAUUAGACAAGUUAAAAUGCUUAAUAGGAAGUUUUAGAAGAUUGUUUUAGCAAUACCCAAAAUCAUGUAAGUCAACUUGCAUAUCUUGCUUCAAUAUCUGCUCUUUCUUUUGUAAAGAGAUAGCUAUACACAUACACUACAAGGGGGUUUCCACUGUUCAGUUAGCAAUGAUAUUUAUGCUAUGUAAUUAAUGUUAUCUCCAAUGUGUUGUCUUC